GAGCCGCGGGGCGCCCAGGCCCCAGGGCGGCAACUGCCCCGGCCCCUGCUCCCGCCCCAGCCAGGGCAGGCCCGAGGGUUGCCUGCGUCCCUGCACCGCCCCCUGCCGUUCCUUCCAGGACGGGCGGGGGCGUCCUGCUGCCGCCUGUGCAGCCUGGCCCGCAGUCCUUGCAUCCGCUUCGGAGCUGCAUCGCCGCCAGCCACCCCAGUAAUUCUCCUGGUGGUUUAUUUUCAGAGACAGCCCUGGAAGGAGGAGAAAUGCAAGAGGAGGGAGAGUGAGAGGGGGAGGGUACAUUGACAUCUAUCUGAUGCUAGACUGGUGAAUAGGAAGAAGGUCCCGUCACUGGCCUGUUUGUGGAAGCUGAGAUGAUGAAGGCACAUCAGUGGGAACAUGCUGUGGUGCAGGGUUGAAGCUCCAUCCCGUAUGUGAUAGUUAUAGAGCAAUUGGAAGGGUUACGUGCAGAGUGCUGGUAAAAGGGUCACAGCUUCAGACGCAUAGUUCCUCACCCCAUCAUACUCCCUGCUACACUCAGCUAGGAUGGAAGAAUCUCACUUCAACUCCUCUCCGUACUUCUGGCCAACUGUGCCCACAGUCUCAGGACAGAUUGAAAACACCAUGUUCAUUAACAAGAUGAAGGAACAACUAUUGCCCACAGAGAAGGGCUGCAGCCUGGCUCCCCCCCACUACCCAACCCUGCUGACAGUGCCCACAUCUGUAGCCCUAUCCACUGGCAUCUCCAUGGACUCUGACACCAAGCCAGAGCAGCUGACCCCACACAGCCAGGCCCCUGUGACUCAGAACAUCACUGUGGUGCCAGUACAGUCUGCUGGGCUCAUGACAGCAGGUCCUGGUCUGGUGAUCACCUCUCCCUCGGGUUCCCUGGUGACCACAGCCGCCUCUGCCCAAACCUUCCCCAUCUCGGCUCCUAUGAUUGUCUCCGCAUUGCCUCAUGGUUCCCAGGCUGCCCUCCAGGUGGUACCUGAUCUGUCCAAGAAAGGGACUGCUGCCCUCUCUGAAGUGAGUGGGGGUGGAGGGGGUGGGGGAGUUGCCCCCAAACCUCCUCGGGGUCGCAAGAAGAAGCGAUUGCAGGAGUCGGGGCUGCCAGAGAUGAGUGACCCAUUCGUGCUAUCAAACGAGGACGAUGAGGACCAGCACAAAGAUGGCAAGACAUACAGGUGCCGGAUGUGUUCGCUGACCUUCUACUCCAAGUCGGAGAUGCAGAUCCACUCCAAGUCCCAUACGGAGACAAAGCCACACAAGUGUCCUCACUGCUCCAAGAGCUUCGCCAACAGCUCCUACCUGGCCCAGCACAUUCGUAUCCACUCAGGGGCCAAGCCCUACACGUGCAGCUACUGCCAGAAGGCCUUCCGCCAGCUCUCCCACCUGCAGCAGCACACACGGAUCCACUCCAAGCUUCACACAGCGAUUGUCAAGCCGCACAAGUGUCCUCACUGCUCCAAGAGUUUCGCCAACACCUCCUACCUGGCCCAGCACCUCCGCAUCCACUCGGGGGCCAAGCCCUACAGCUGCCGCUACUGCCAGAAGGCCUUCCGCCAGCUCUCCCAUCUGCAGCAGCACACACGCAUCCACACAGGGGACCGACCUUACAAAUGUGCUCACCCUGGGUGUGAAAAGGCUUUCACCCAGCUCUCCAACCUGCAGUCCCACAGACGGCAGCACAACAAAGACAAGCCUUUUAAGUGCCACAAUUGCCACCGUGCGUACACAGACGCUGCCUCCCUGGAGGUUCACCUGGCAACGCACACGGUGAAGCAUGCCAAGGUCUACACCUGCUCCAUUUGCAGCCGGGCCUACACCUCGGAGACCUACCUGAUGAAGCACAUGCGGAAACACAAUAUCCCUGACCCACAGCAGCAAGUGGCUCAGGCCCAAGCCCAAGCCUCUCAACAGCAGCAGCAGCACUUCCAGCCGCAAGGUGGUGGGGCAGCAGGGGGCCCCUCUGGAGACACUAAUCCCCCUAACCCUCCCCCACAGUGUUCCUUUGACCUGACUCCUUACAAGACUUCAGAGCACCACAAGGACAUCUGCCUCACUGUCAGCACCAGCACCAUCCAGGUGGAGCAUCUCUCCAGCUCCUAGAGACCAUGACCCCAGGAGCAGAAAACCUCUCAUG